UCACUCCCCCCGAGCUCAUGCUCGUUCCUAUUGCUUUCGUUGUUGUCGUUACCGUUAUGUUUGCGCUGAGGCGGAGAGAAACUCCAGAAGAUACGCCAGAAGGGGGUCCAUGUCUUAUUCUCGAGCUACCCAGCGAGAUUCUCGAGCGCGUCCUCGCCAACCUCGACCUGGACGGCCUGGUGGCCGCAUCGCAGACAUGUUGCGCCUUGCGAGAAGUUGCCAAAGCACCCCGCCUAGCGUACCGCGCAGCCCUCGCUGCCCGAGGCUACCUCGACGUACCAAACAGGCCUGCCCCGCCACCGUGGCCGCUGGAGGGCGCGAGCAUCGAGACAUCGCCUUACUCGGAUGCGAGGCGCGCGACGAUCCCUUCGGUCGAGUUAGCCGCGUGGGAGGAGGAUGCGCCCCCACGAAGAGAUGUCAGCGCCCUCUCCGCAGCAGAGAAGCUUCGACUCCUCGCCGAGCGCGAGCAGAGAUUCGACAAGCUCAUGCCCGCCGAAGUGCGCGAGUUUUCUGUUUCUGGCCCCGCAGGCGUCUACGAGCUUCAGGACGGCAUUUUCCUGCUUUGCCAAGAGAGAUCCAUAUCACACAGUGUCAGACCCACGAAGAUCCGUCUCAUCCCGCUUGCCUCCUCCGUCGACCCCGAUAUUGGCUCCCCCAUCAUCCCGUGCAAGGAAGUCGACGUGGGCUUCCCCAUCGCCGACUUGACCAUGGACCCUUCGCAGGACCUUAUCGUGGUGAGCGAGCACUCACCGCCGAGAGCGAGUGGCCACGCACCGAUCCACCGCUUCCACCUCUUAUCCCUGAGCACGGGCGAACCGCAUCCACUCGCCAAGUUUCCCACCCUAGACGCACCGCCGUGGGUCCACGGGGAAAUGAGCCACGUCAGCCAGCAGCUUCUCCAAGUCAUGGACAGCACCCUCGUUGUCCUAAUCGCUGUGCAGGACGAGCUGACGGCCGUGCGCGCGGCGUACGAGGAGGAGCUGUUUGCCUGGAACUGGAAGACCGGCGUUGUCCUGGGCCGCAGAUCCCUCGGCGAGACGCUUGCGCGCACCAGCAUGGCCCUCCUUACGCCGACGACCGUCGCUCUCACAAUGCCAGCGGUCAUUGGGCCUACGCUUCGAGAGAUGUUCGGCGGCGUCCCAGGCUUCAUGGACAACCAGAAUCCUGUCUUCAUUCACCCCCCUAGCAUUGACAUCUUCUCCUUCGCGCAUGACCCCUCAAAACCAGCACCGACCAGCACCGCACCCUUGGAGCGAUCUGAGUCGGACUCGACCUCGCCGCGCUUUGUGCUCGUCGUGCGUCUUCUCCUCCCGCCUAUGCGCGCCGGAUCGAUGGUGUCGCAGAUGCAUAUGCGGCCAGACCCAGCGUUCCCACCUGUGCCAAGUCAACAGGCAACGUUGGGUGUCAGGCCUUUUACACAAGAUCCGCGCCGAGGCGUCAUCGUCAUUGAGUUGGCAAUGGAUGACGACCACCUCGUGAUGCCAAUGCGCAUGCGGUCUGAGUGCUACGAGAUGUUCAUCCUUCGCGAGACGUUGAUACAAAUGGCGGAGGAAGGGGAAGAACGGCUGCACGACAUUUGGCAUCGGAAUGCGGUAAAGCGCGCGGAGCGCCGCAACGCGUCUUCACCCGCUUCAAGUUCGGGCUCGAGCACCCCAGGCGAUCCGGACAUGAUCCGAUCCAGAAGUAGGUCGCCGCCGAGGUCCCGGAACGGCUCGCCGGCAUCGCCAGCAAGCGCCAGCGGUCACGCGGACGACAGGCAACGAACUUACUCGGCCAAGCCACGGCGGAAGCACCACGCUGAUUCACCUACACGCACAUUCGAAUGGGACGAGUGGGGUGAGCACUCGACGCGUGUCAUGCCUCCGCCACAGCUCAUGCGGCGGCUCUGGGUUUGCUCGUGCUCUGGCUACCGGUACGCGAGCCUGGUGCGGCGGCCCGCGAGCAGCCAUGGCUUUUCGACCGAGCUGUGUGUGCACGACUUCAAUCCGCACUGGUGGGCCGGCAAACGCAUGAAGCCGUCAACUGGGGUGCAAUUUGUGGGCGCACCAGAGACGCACCCGGCGAAGGACGCUGCCGGCAAUCAAGCGUUACCAAGCGUAGGGGGUUCUCCUGCGCCUACGGUAAUCAAGAGCGAUGCUUGGGAAGUCGACAUUGUCACUCGCCUUCCCUACCGCACCGUGUUGCGACGGCUGGACCAUAACCCAAUGGGAGUCAUGAUCGACGACCAACGUAUCAUGCUCGUCAAUCAUCAAGUGCAAGAACAUAACUGGCUCGGCAUGGUACAGCACAUCCAGACAUGGUGCAUGUAGCAUAGGUGUGAGACGUACGACCCUGUCGAAGGUGCGAUUCCCAUGCAGGGAUCUCACUUGUCUGAAAUCAUGAGCUGGGACGAGUAUCAUGCUGCAUAUUAUCAUGCCACAUACAACCGCUACGGAACAACACUUCCUGGUCACAGAUACCAGGUUCACAUCCUACUCACAAGCACACCCCUCCAGGCGCGCGGCCAGGCGAGCGUUGUCCUCUUGUGCAGCGGCUAGCGCAACCUCGUGCUCGCCUAGCAAGUCUUCGAGCGCGGCGCACUUCUCCCGCAGCUCCUCGACUAGUGCACGCUGCUCGUCGAGGUCGGCACGCAUCUGCU